AUGACCACCUUGAUCCAUCAUCGGCCUUCUACUAUAGGCACCAUGAUCACUACCAGUCACCACCAGCCAUCCACAUUAACGACCAUCGGCCUUUCAUCAUCGGCAUUCCACCAUGAGCCCUCAUUGGUCUUCUACUAUGGGCCCAUGACCGCCAUUGGCCUUUCAUUGUUGGCUUUCCACCAUGAGCACUAUGACCACCAUACACCUGGCUCAUAA